UGUUGCACCUUCACAGACCAACAAUGCUGUACCUUCCUAGACCAGCAGUGCUGCACCUUCACAGACCAACAGUGCCGUACCUUUCCAGACCUACAGUGUAGUACUCUCCCAGACCAACAGUGCCAUACGUUCCCAGACCAACAGUACUAUACCUUCCCAGACCAACAGUGUUAACUCACGAGGAUCUGUGCCAAAGUGACGUGAGGAGUUGCCUUUUCUACCCGCAGCAGAAGAGCCAUAUUUUCAUCUCUAGCGACAUGAAGAUUGUGAUUUUCCUCGCCCUGGCCUCCGUCACUGCCGCCCGCAUGGCCUACCAACUACCUGAUGGUUUUCUCGAGAUCUUGGGUGGCCCUCCCAACCAGGUGUUCUCCUGUGAGAACCGCCCCUAUGGCUACUAUGCCGAUGUGGCCAAUGACUGCAGAAUCUUUCACAUCUGUCAUCCUGUGGUGGAUGAGCUUACAGGCAGGAUUCUUCAACAAGCUCAUUUCUCGUUCAUCUGCGGGAACCAGACAGUCUUCAGCCAGGAGUCCCUCACCUGUGCCCACCCUGAAGACGCCUUUCCUUGUGAGCAAGCAGAAUCUCUCUACGACAUCUCCAACGCUGACUUCGGCAAGAUACCCGAGCCCACGGAUAACAUCUAGUGUAAUCUCUUAUACCAUAUUCUCCAAAAAAGCACAAAGCCCUCUAGUAUAAUCUAGUGUGCUGCUGGUAUCUGUUGUAGGUCAUUCUUUGUUUUGGGGUGAUAUAGUAAGUUUAUACAAAAAUUUUGAGGGAUAUUUUUUGAUGUAUGAAAUGCUAUCUUUAUUGUAUUCCACACUUUCUACUUUCUUGUAUAUGUGCACUUCUACUCUAUUAUCAACUCAUUAAGACUUUACAGGCACAAAAUGUUCUCUUACACUUCAUUUACUUUGAAAAGUUUCUUUUGUUUGUGACUAUGUUCCCACCUCUCUGCUGUGCAGAAAGGUAGUCUGCACAGGUGUGCAGCCACACCUGUGCCUGGUGUCCUAGGGGCCAGGCUGGGCCUGCUGCCCUCUCUCUAUAUGUCUUGUCUAAUGUGUUUGUACAUGUAUUAUGUCACACAUCAAUAAAUAUACACAUCCUG